AUGCUAAGCUUUUUGAUUUCAUUUCUAUUUUUGAAACCAGUGAAUGGCCAAGGAGUGCAGACACAGAUUUUCAUACCAUUUCUUGAUUGGUCUGAAUCGCUGGAACCGGUUGAAGUGAUUGAUGUGAGGAAUGAUCGAAUUGAUAUCCAUUGGAGAGUGCCUGAAGAGUUUCUGAAUGCCACUACAAAGCAGAGACUCGUCGUAGCAAUAAUGAAAGAACAAGAGCUUCAAAAGCGUCAUCCAAAAUCUUUUCAUGUGGAGGGUCAUCUCCGUGAUUACACAUUCAUCAAUCUACAAGGCAACACUUCAUAUCGAGUCAGUGUCGAGGCGUUUAGCCAUGAUGGGACGAGUCUUUGGUAUGGGAGUAAUGUGGCUAAAACUUCGCUAGCAGCUUUAAAUUGGCUACCACCACCAAUGGAGUUGAUGACUUCAUUCCUUGCAACGAGACUUAAUCCAGGAAAUGUCUACAACAUAACAAUACAGGCGGGAACCACUUUCGGUUACGGUAGUACAGCUUGGAUAGCCACGAAUACACUAGCCGUCGGAGAUUCAUAUAUCAUUAAGCAGAAGAUCCGAACACCGAACUCAAUCAUCGUCGCAUGGCCAUCGGCUUGGAUGGGAGCUCCAAAUGCGAAAUUCUCC